AUGUCGCCAAACCCGGUACUGCCGCUCUGUCGCUGGUCUCACUUUGCCACACAUUGUUGUGUGGGGGUUGUGCGCUCGCCGUGUAGAGGGUCGAUUCUCGGGGAGCCCUUGUGGACCUGCAGCUUGCUUUUGACAGAAUGUGGGUCCUCAGCCCUUCGCUUGCCGCAGCCGAAAUUGCUGUGUAGUCAAGAAAAGCUGACACUGAAGUGUAGGGGUGUCCCCUUUGUUGAGUUUAGUACCUCUGAAUUAAGAGAGGGUGCCCUUGUGCAUGUUGUGGCAAGAAUGUACAAAAAGCCAAGGUUUGUUCCCAUCCAUGGCACAUAUGUGGAGGACACAGAGCUGCUGGUCUCCGAGCAGUUUGGUUCACUGGUUCUGCUUGGAACGCUGUGA